UAUCUAUGGCAGGUGGUUUGGUUAUUCCUUUUUUUGGAUUUGUCAGUCACAAGAUUAUCAAAAAAAUUAUAAAUCUUUUUAAUUUUUUUGAAAAAAAGUACUAUUCAAAUAAAUAUUGAUACAAUAUUAUAUGUAUGGUGAAAAUAAAUUAAAUCUAAUUCAAAUCAUGCAAGCAUCAAUAAUGCAUUUACACAAUUUAUCCGCCAAAUGAAAGAAAACUUCUAAUUUUGUUUAACCGAAACAAAGUCUAUUUCAUGAGAAAGUUUUAAUAUUACAAUUGAAUUAAAAUUAUCCAACAAACAUGUCUUGGAUAUCAGAAACCAAGUAUCGAUGGUAUGAAACACUUGCCAUGAAUAUAAUUCGCUGUGGGCGUGUACCCCGCCACAUUGCCUUCAUAAUGGAUGGUAACCGGCGAUUUGCCAAAUCAGAACAUAUUCCAAAAAUCGACGGUCAUUCGAAAGGGUUUGAAAAACUCGCUGAAUGCUUGAGAUGGUGUUUAGAUGCUGGCAUCCAAGAGGUGACAACAUUUGCAUUUAGUAUUGAAAACUUUAAGCGAACUGAAGACGAAGUCAAUGGUCUUCUUGAUUUGGCCAAGGAGAAAUUUGAAAAGUUACUUGCCGAAGAAGACAAAUUAAAGCAACAUGGAGUGAGAAUACGAGUCAUUGGGAAUAUAAGUUUGUUGCCUUUAGAAUUGCAACAAGUCAUUGCUAGAGCAAUGAUUUGUACGGAAAAGAAUGACAAACUAUUUCUUAAUAUUGCACUUUCUUACACGUCACACGAUGAAAUGACUCAAGCUGUUGAAGCGGUGCUAAGGCAUGGCUCUGAUACAUUAGAAUCGGAGGAUAUUAAUGAACGUCUUUUAGAUGAAUGUAUGUACACUAGGCAAUCUCCUGCGCCAGAUUUACUAUUCCGAACUUCCGGCGAAAGUCGCAUUAGUGAUUUUCUUAUGUGGCAGCUCUCCACAACGGUGCUUUAUUUCACACGAGUGCUUUGGCCACAAAUAACAAUUUGGAACUUCCUUGCUAGUAUACUUACCUAUCAAAGAGCUUCACAUCAUUUGGAUAAUUUUAAAGAGCAGAAUUGUCGUGAUGAAAAGCAUCUAAUAAAAACAAGUAGCUGCUUUACGGAUCGCGUUCAAAGUUUUCUUUACAGAUUAGAUAUGUAUCGAAGGGAAUUCCUAUUAAAAUUAUCCAAAGUGAAGUAGUAGUGACAGAUUGUAAAUAAAUUUAAUUCUAAAAAAUAUAUAUAUAUACUUAUGGUAAAGCGCAAAAAUUA